AGGGUAGAGAAAUGGAGUUACUUCCAAUGGCACACAUCCUGUUUCUCAUGUUCACCUAUCUGAUGAGUCCGACGAGGGGCUCCUUGAACUGUCCCUCUGGAAAGUCGAACCCCCUGCAGUUUCACCUGGUUCGCCAGUGCCAAAGAGCCGCAGCCGAUGAAGCACUGGCCCUGGAAAACACAUCCUCUCUGCAGGAGUGUGCUCACUUGGCUCAUGAGCUGCGGGGCCUGGCCUUGAACUACGCGCCAGGAGGACCGAAAAGGAGGCUGAAUUCCUUUGACCAGAGGUCCAUUGGCAAGGCGGGGGAAAAGGAGCAGCGCAUUCGAAGUCGAUUGAGUGUCUUCGAACAGCCAGGGGAGUUCUUCAACUGCCACGUCCUGAAGUGUCCGCAGAAUAACACAUUUUCAGGGAUGGUCAACGACAGUCGCUUCGACUAUUACAGCUUAUAUGGAAGGCCCACAGUCGUAAGGAACUACAGCUGCAUACCGGAGGUUGGACUGUUCGUGGUGUAUACUCAGCCCAGUGUCUACUUGAAUGCCUCGCUGACUUGUUCCAACUCUUCGGAGUUCACUGGCAGUCUGUCCCACAUCGCCUCCGAGCACAGAACAAACUUAUUGGCCCAGUGGUUACUGGAAUUCAACAGAAAAUCGGAGUCUCAUGCAGAAGGCAAUGUCUAUCUGGCCUAUGUGGGUUUGGUCUACAACAGCUCUUCGUCCUUGAGUCCACUGGAUUUCAGAAACUCGCAACGGGAGAGCUUGCAAUGCUUUCUUUACAGAGCCUGGGAAGGCGGUCAUCCUCGCGUUGGUGGCGAGCUGAGCAACGCCAGCUGCGUGGCCUUGACGCCGCAGGGAACCUGGCAAACCCUGAACUGCGACCGGGAGCUGCCCUUCAUCUGCGAAAUCCACACGGCGCGCUCCACUUACGCCUGGGAGCGCUCCGGUUCCGAGCUGGACAUCGGCCCAACUGCAGUCUUCGAGUGCGGCAACGACUGA